AACUAACACUCUUUCAUGUUUCCUUCAUAUAACUCUCUAACAAGGUUGGGGGUUUGCAUGCCAAAUUGCACCUUUGUUUGUCGAUGCAAGAAGCGCAUAGCAGGUGUUUAUUCCGGCUUGAACUGGUGGAUUGCGGUCAUAGGUGAAAGCAUUGUAGAUCUCGAAUACCAAAUCUCUUUGGAGGAUGGGUAAUGCCAAAUCUUCUAAGAGAAAGAAGACUGCACUGGAUGUAGUAGCAUAUUCUUCCAACAAUGAGACUACAGAUUUAGUUGCAUGUUCUUCCAAGAGUAAGACUGCAGAUGGAACACUUCAGUUACUUGAGAAAAGGAUGGAUAGAAUGGACGCGGAAGUUCAGUCACUUCGGAAAAAGAUAAACGCACUAUAUGCAGAACAACUUCAUUUUGAGAAAAGAGCAGAUGAAGCAACCGGCACUUACGCUAGUAAUGUUCAGUUAAUCAUGUUGUUUCAUGGCCUUGGUUCCGUCUUUCUCCAAGUCAAUAAUCCCUACGCUGGGGCUGGGGUCUCAGUUGUGAUGGUAGCGUUGUUCUUCUCUGCAUUCAUGGUUGCUUAUAUGGUGACCCUUAAUAAAAUUGAGAGGAUGUCUGAAUUUGAGAAGAAUCUACAGAGACAGCAGAUGGAGUACCAAAAUGAGGUCACGUAUUUUGGAGCUAAAAUUGAGGCGCUGUGUUCUGAUGGAGAACUUGAAAACUUGGCUAGCAAAGGAGCUCUUAGAAGAGUUUUGGACAGUAUUGGUUCACUGAGAAAGGGUGCUGUUGCCUUGCAGGAAGACAUAACUAGAAUUCGUGAGUUAUCUAACUCGAAGAACAUUCGAGUGAAGUCACUCUCACAGGUUGCAGUAGUUGCAAUUAUUUAUGGGCUAUGUUUUCCUACAAUUGCGUACUACAUUCUAUGUCUUAUGGGCUUCAGGAGGGCUGGACCCCUCAGCAUGAUGCAGCAGUACUAAAGAAAGAAAAAUGGCUAUAUUGUGAGAGAUGGUUUGAUUUUCGUUGUAAGUGGUAUUUUCAAUCUUUAGCGUGUGGUAGAUUGUAAUGCUAUGGCCUUAGGACCAUGUUAAGUACUCAAAUGGUCGAUAAAUAAUAUAUGCUCACUAGAUUUAUCGUUUCGAUA